CACCCCCCACAACAAACCAUGUACCUUAUAUAAGAGUGUGUAUCAGUAGUGAUAAAAAGAGAGAAACAGCAUUGAAAAAAGAAUAAACCAUCAUCAAUGGAGUUCGAUCUUGAAAAUCCAUUGCCACCUUCCAUGGAAAAGUUCCCUUCACUGUUCCAUAUAGAGGACGAACACAUGCCCUCCAAGACUUACCUUCAGGCGCUCAAUUCUGCAGACUCAAACCUCUCUAUUCGUCGCGAAAUCGUCUCCUCAAUCUUCUGUUUCUCGCGUGGUUUCGAUGCCUUCACGUCGUAUCUUGCUACCAAUUACAUGGAUCGUUUCCUCUCCACUCAUUCCAUACCCGAUGGGAAGCCAUGGAUCUUGAAAGUAGUGGCGAUUUCUUGCAUUUCGCUAGCACUGAAAAUGAGGAAAACUGAGUUCUCUGUUUCUGAUCUCCUGAAUGCUGGUGGCUUCAUGAUCGAUUUUCUUACGAUAGAACGGAUGGAGAUGCUGAUUCUUGGAUCUCUUAAAUGGCGAAUGCGCUCCGUUAAUCCCUUUUCCUUCGCCAAUUAUUUUGUCACAUUCUUCAAGUUCAAGGACGAUUCAUCGAUCCAGGCAUUGAAAACCAGGGCCUUUGAGAUCAUCUUCAAAGCUCAGAAUGAUGUGAAGCUGCUCGAGUUCAAGCCCUCCGUUAUCUCCGCCUCGGCCCUUCUCGUUGCCGCCCAUGAAUUGUUUCCAGUGCAACUUCCAUCUUUCAGAGAUGCUAUCUGCAGCUGUUCUUAUGUAAAUAAGGAGAAUUUGGUGCAGUGUUAUGAUCUGAUGCAAGAGGUUGCGAUGGAACGUUACGGCUCGGUCUUGGGCAUGGUGUCGAGCUCAUGCACUCCAGCAAAUGUGCUGGACCUGCACUGCUUCAGCUCUUCAAUUUCGAGCUCGCAGACCAAUCAAACGAGUGAAACAGCAAGCAAUGCUGCUGGAAUUGGGGGACUAAAGCGUCCAAAGCUCCAAGAUUUCGCUACCGAUAACUCAUUUCAGCUUUCUCAGAAUCAUCAGUGAGAAGUAUACAUAUACAUUCUGCAGUGUGGCCCGGUUGAGAGGGACAUUGGCUUGGCAUAAAAAAAAAUGACAAAAACAAAAGAAAAGAGAGAGAGAGUGGCUCAGUUGAGAGGAACUAAUGUUUGUUUGAGUGUGCCUAUGAGAGAGAGGGGAGGGCAGAGGGUAUUUUAGUAUUUUAUAUUGCUAAACUCCAGUGUGGUCUAGAUAAAAAUUGAAUAUCAGCCUAGCUGGUUCUGGUAUGUAUGGCGAGUUUGUUGUUGAAACAACGUGGUUAUGAUGUCCGGAUAAAAAUUCGAUAUCGGCCUAGCUGGUUCUGGUAUGUAUGAUAAGUUUGUUGUUGAAACGUGGUUAUGAUGAACUGGAUUCGGUAGUGUAUUUUAUGCGUGUCAAGGAAUUCAUAAUACCGCCUA